AUUAACCCAAAAAGGUCAGUGUUGACCGUAUCGCUUUUUCUUUUUUUUUUCUGUUUCGUACACUUUUGUAAUAAUAAUACUUUUCUUUCUGUAAGAAGAGAGAUUGAUUUUGUUCUUGUAAGAAGAAGAAGAAGAAGAGAGAUGCAGAGAGGCCUGUGCUAAAAGAGAAUAUCCAAUCGACAGCUUCUCGGAUUCAGGUUUUUGUGCUGAUUCGAUCGAUUUUGUUGAACUAUAUGGCAUCAUGCUAGUAUGAUUAAGUUGUUGAGAAUCUGGUGGGGACUAAGUUUAAAAAGUGGCGAAGCUGUUAUAGUUCCUAAUGGGGAUAAGGUACUUGCACGUCUCGGUCGCAUCAACUGCUCUGAGCUUUGUGGGGCUUCAAGUCUGGACAGAGUUGUCUCUGGAUAGACUUAGAGCGGAUGCCAAGAACAUUUCUUUAGGAGACUCCGAGCAUGCGCUUGACCUGCUUUUGGGUUCCUACUUUACAAUCGCCCUGCUGGCAAAUUUUGUGCUCAAUGUGUAUAUUCUUCUGCUACUUUCUCUCAAGAAUCUAUUUUUUGGAGAUCUAUAUGGCGUUGAAACUAAAAAGUUGGUGGAACGACUUGCCAAUUACAUCAUUUACAAGGGAAUAUUUCUGCCGCUGGUGAUUCCCGCAACAAUAUUUCAGGGUGUACUGUGGACAGUUUGGCUUGCUGUUCUAUGCACUUUAAAGAUGUUUCAAGCUUUGGCCAGAGACCGGCUUGAACGAUUGAAUGCAUCUCCUUCUUCUACACCGUGGACAUACUUUCGUGUGUAUUCAGUGCUGUUCUUGGUUCUCUCUGUUGAUAUUUUGUGGAUAAAGCUUUCCCUUAUGACAUACAAUACAACUGGCUCUUCUGUGUAUCUGUUGUUACUUUUUGAGCCAUGCAGUAUAGCUUUUGAGACCUUACAGGCGCUGUUAAUUCAUGGGUUUCAACUGCUUGAUAUGUGGAUCAACCACUUAGCAGCGAGCAACUCGGACUGCCAAAGAUCUAAGUUUCUCGAUUCCAUGACAGCAGGCUCACUGUUGGAGUGGAAGGGCCUCCUCAACCGAAACCUUGGUUUCUUUCUGGACAUGGCUACUUUGGUAAUGGCACUAGGUCAUUAUUUGCACAUCUGGUGGCUGCAUGGCCUUUCCUUUCAUCUAGCGGAUGCAGUUUUGUUUCUCAACAUACGUGCAUUGCUCAGUGCAAUUUUGAAACGAAUGAAAGGAUACAUCAAACUGAGAAUAGCUCUGGGCUCUCUCCAUGCGGCCCUUCCUGAUGCAACUUCUGAAGAGUUACGGGCAUAUGAUGAUGAAUGUGCUAUAUGCCGGGAACCUAUGGCUAAAGCUAAAAGGCUUCACUGCAACCACCUUUUCCACCUUGGAUGCCUGCGAUCCUGGUUGGAUCAAGGUCUAAAUGAGGUUUACUCUUGUCCUACAUGUCGUAAACCUCUGUUUGUCGGUAGAACUGAAACUGAGGUGAACACUCGAACAGUGGAAGUCUCAAGUGAUGAGCAGCUAGCCCGUCAGCUUGAAAGAGAAAACAUUCCUGAGCAUCCAUUAGCCACUGGAUUGUUUCCUCAUGAGAUGCCAAACUCCAUUGAAAGUGAUCCUUCAAGGAACUUAGGAUUGGAUCCAAGCUGGCUACAGACAUGGUCAAGUCAGGGUGUUGAUGUUGCUGGUCCCUCUACCGCGUCUAGGUCCGUUGGACUGGGGAGGGUUCAGAUGAUGAUGAGGCAUCUUGCAUCUGUUGGGGAAAGUUAUGCUCAAACUGCACUUGAGGAUGCUGCUUGGAGUGUAUGGCCAAUGAACCCUUCACAAGCAUCCACUUCUUCUACAACCUUGCGUCCUGGAAGGACAGGUGGUCUGCAUUUAAGAACUGUAUCAAGUGGGACGAAUGAAAGCUUGGCAAAUAUACUAGCUAUGGCCGAGACAGUGAGGGAAGUCAUGCCACAUUUGCCAGAUGAAAUUAUUUUCCAGGACUUGCAGAGAACAAACUCUGUUGCUAUUACAGUGAACAAUCUUCUCCAGAUGUGAUGAUAGUUUGACCACUUGCUGCACUUCCAUUUCAACCUUAAGUAUAGAUUACUUUACGUUUACGUUUAUACACCACUCAACAUUUCAAGCUUCACCCGCUGUAAGUAGGAGGCGUUGUGCAUAUAGAGAAGAAGAGUCUCUAGUGUAUAGCUUCUGUUCAUUGCUCUCUUGCAGAAAAUAAAGUUUGGAUAUAUACACAAGGUGUUAUGUUGCUAUGGCUCCUGUAUAAGAAUAUGUAAUUUACGAUAAAAUGAAGUUAAUUAAAGAGUACUGUUGUUAUUGAUCCAA